AUGGCUGCUUUUAACCAAACUUGCAGUGACAGUCAGGAGCAAACAGGAACAGAGCAGAAAGAUUUGAAAAAAAUUCAGUUUGGUAUUUGUGUCCAGCCAGCAGAAGCCAUUGCAAAGAUGGUUCAAAUCAGCCCAUGUCAAGCUUACUUAGCAACAGACGUUGGGGUCAUCCAUAUGACACCAGAUUGCGGCACUCGGAGCCCCGGGGACCCGCCUGACGUCGGCGGCCGCGGGGAUAAGAAGCGCCCUCGGCCAGCGGGACUCGGUGCAGCGGGUUGGCUUGGUCCUCCUCGCAGCGGUGCGUCCCGCGUCCCUGCGCCCAACGUGCCUGGCCGGAGCUCACUGAGUAGCAUCCGGACUUGGGGGUCCCAGCAGCGCGGCGGGCGCGGGACUCGUGGCGUGGGCUCAGGUGUCCGCCCGCGGUGCAGGACUCCGGCGCGGGCAGGCGCGGCGGCCUCCAGAGUCCGGGGCCGCCUGUCUGCUCCGCCGCUCCGCACAUCGCCAGCCCCGGCGGGAGGUCCGGUGCACCUGUGGCCGCCGCCGCCGGAGAAGUGCCCAGGCCGAGUGCUCGGUCCCCGCGGCGAAAGAAAGUUGUGCAGCGCGCUCGGCGCGGACUCUGCGUGCGAGAAACUUGGGCUCCCACGGGUGGGGCGACCGGUUCCAAGACCCGCGUCGCGGGCCAUCGGGGCCAUGCACGUGCCUGGGUGCCGGCUGCUCCUGGUGCUGCUGUUGGUGGUGGGCGCGGUGGGACACCGGGGGCGCGCACAGCCCCGGGGACCCGCGGACCGGCAGGCGCUGCUGAGGUUGCUUGUGGAGCUGGUCCAGGAGCUGAAGAAAUUCCAAACAGGCGACUCCAAGAGGCUGCAGCUCCUUGGCGAGCAGGACUUCGCCCUGGGCCGCAGGGAGGCCACGGACUAUGGGGCAGACCCGGAGGAACAGAGAGUGGAGAUUGUUCCUCGAGAUCUAAGGAUGAAGGACAAGUUUCUGAAACAUCUCACAGGUCCUCUUUAUUUCAGUCCGAAGUGCAGCAAGCACUUUCACAGACUUUACCACAACACGCGAGACUGCACCAUCCCCGCAUACUAUAAAAGAUGUGCCAGGCUACUUACCCGGCUGGCUGUCAGUCCAAUGUGCAUGGAGAGAUAAGCUGCAAAGGAGCAACACACCAGGAACCCUGAGAAGUGCCUUGGAAACCAACAGAACAGAACCAUCUUCACACCAUUCCCUAUGGACAGAGAUUUAUUUUUGCAGACAAGACUCUUCCAUAAUUCCUUUGCAUUUUCUAUGUUGUUGACAGUUUAGAAAUAAGCCGUCAGCAAAUCAGUGUACCUGUUGGUGAGACUUGCCAUUCUUUACAGAGCAAGAGAAUACUCUACAUUUGAUGUAUAGUGCUAUAAAAUGAGGUAUUAUUUCAUCUUUCAGAUUAGGUGAAAUCACAAAGAAUAUUUCUUUAGAAACAUAGGCAGAAUCUUAAACUGUAUUUUCAUAGAGCAUACAGUAUGACUUGAUAUUUUAUAUUAUUUCUACCAUUAAACUCCCAGAGUAUUAUUUGGAACUGCACGAAAAAUGUAAAUGAAAACCAAAAAACUUCAGUUGUUUUGGCGACAGUGGCGUAUGAAUCUGUGACUCUGCCCAGGGUCAUCCCAGUUGUCCUCUGUAAAUGUAAAAUGACAUUCCAGCUACUGUGCAAUAUGUAAAUACUGUGAAUAAACAAAGAAUUAAAUGAAGUGUUUUGUUAUACUGAGCAGUCUUCAGAGUGACUUUUCUCUAACAAAUUUAUUGCUGGGAAUCUUUUUUUUUUAAGUAAAGGUGAUUUACUAAGUAUUAAAUGACAUAAUUUCCGGAUCACAUGAUCUUAUUUGAUCAUCAAUACUCCAAAUAAGGUCAUAUCCACCAGGCCUCACAUAAUUUUAAGAGAAUGCCCAAACCAAGAACCUUAAGAGCAGUUCUAGACUUUUGUGGGUAGAUUUUAAAUAACAGUAAUUGGCUCAAACUUCAAAAGGUAAGUUUCUCUGUUCAUGAGCCCUCAUAAACACAUGGUGUUUGGGACAGCCAUAGGACAAAGCCACACGAGUCCUACAUUCUGAGGAUCUGCAUCCAAGAUAGAUACAUAAACAUUCAAGAAAACAAAGGGAUUUUAUUUGUGAACACAAGAAAUUUGAGGUUCUGAGGCACCUGCAGAACUAGGCUAGAGAGCUUCUACUUCCCUUCUGUGGCUGGCCACUUGCCCUUCCCUUCCUUGUUCAUUCACUUUGAAGACACUACUACCACAUCCUCCAUCUAACUAGCCUUCUAGCAACUCCAUAGGAGCCAGAACAGUUGGUGAAGUGUCUUACAAGGACAUCAUGGCCCUUUUGUGGGAAGAGGGCACUGGAAUAGCAGGUGAGUCAGGUAUUAAAUGCUCUUCCCACACUGGGCAGAGCUAGCCCUAGCCAGGCAGGAGCCUGCAAGCCCCAGGCCUCCAUGCUUCCUCUCAACCUCUGUGGAUGCCUCUGCUAACUAGAAGCUCUCCAGGAUUUGAGGUGACCAGCUGUGACCUGACAGACAGAAGAGGCUAAAUCAGACAUAACCUGUUCAGCUAAGAGGUCAGCUUCAGACAUCCGUAGCACCAGCUAUGAAGGUCACAGGUAAGAACAUGUUCUGGAGUCUCUCCUAACUAGACAGGUAGCACUUUAUGUGGCAUCAAUGUGCUAAUUUUUCAUCACUUUACUUUCCAAUGUGAGGGUAAGAACACACACACAUAACAGCAGACCAAGAUCAAGGAGGCAGUGUUUUCGAAUAUUGUUUCCACUUGUCGGUACAAAGCAGGGAGACACCAGACAUGUACCUCAGUUGUAUUUCGUAAUGCCCUGGCUUAUUUUACAGUCUUUUCUGGCAUAUCCAUAUGAAUUUGAGGUCAACUAUCUGAAAGUGCACUACAAUUACUUAUGUUUGUCUACAACUUUUUAAAACACUGAUAAAAGAUCACUUACAAACACAUUUAAGCCUACCAAACAAGACUUUUCCCAACUUUUUUUAGAAGCAAAAUGGCUCAAAUGGGAAGAAAAAAGCUAAGAAAACUAGACAAAAAUCCAAGUAAGAAUGGGAAAUGUUAAUUCUACCCAUCUCUUGCUUCUACCUUUUAUUAUUUUUGUUUCUCACUAUAGAGCCAAGGAUAGCUUGGAACUCUGAUCCCCACCCCAUCAACCCCAUGCUGGGAACACAGGUAUGCACUUUCAUAUCCAGCUUUUCCUCUUUCGACAGAAGUGUGCACCCUGAGUGUGUCUGAGUUCAAACUUCCCAGUGAUAAAUGGAAGACUGCUAUGGGCCGGGCUGCCGCCACUGUAAGAGCCUAGGGCAGAGAGGUGUAAGGUGAGCAGAGGGCACCACUGGGUGCUGGCCAUGCACCCACUCCAGGUAGAGCAGAGUCUCCAGGUCUUGCUGGACCUAAAGG